AUGAAACACGAUUAAUAUAUAUAGAUUUUAAGAGAUUCAUAAGCAAUUACACUUAGGAAUGAAUUUACCUAAUUAUAAUCUAAAGCUCAUGAUUACGUUAUCUAAUAGUUGAAACUUAUGGAAUCUAAAUACAAAUAAUAGUUGUUAUUAAUUAUUGAACAGUUCGAAGAUUCUAAGUUAAUGUGCGAAUAACUCAAGCUAAAAAAUGAGCAGUAUUCAAAACUUAUUUUGGAGUAAGAAUUUAAGUCUAUCCAAACAAAAAAUUAUGUGAGUCUUGAAAUUGUCAAUUAACUAUUAACCUAGAAGAUAAAUGCACUAUUAUUAUAACUAAAAAAUCAUAACAUUAUUUCUGAAUUUGAAUAUCAUACCCAAAGAAACAUGCUUUAAAAAAAUAUUGCAGAAAUUUUCCUUAAUUAUGAUGAACAACCCUAACCAGUAUUCCUAAUGCCAAAUACUUAGAUUUCUAAACCUAUUUUAAUUCCACAAUAAACAAUUAAAUAGGAAACUCAAAGAUCAAUGAAUAAUUAAAAUUAAGAUAAAGUAAAUCAAUAUUUCUCUAUUUCUACUCAAACAGAACUAGUUAAGAAGAAGAAAGAAAAACCUAUGAAAUAAUCCAAAUAGAAAAUUGAAGCAGAACGAAGCAUUUCUAUUGAUUUAUCAAGAGAACUAUUUGAAUGUAAAAAGUCUAUUUAGGAAUUACAAAAAAGUAAAAUUGAUUUAUAAAGUACUAAUGAGCAAUUGAAAUCAUAAAAUUAAAAGCUCUUAAGCAGAUUAAAUAAGAAAUAACAUACUUAAAUCAAAUGCAUUAAUGCUAUGAAAAAUUCAUAUACACCAUAAAUAAUAAAAAAAUUUAUAAAAUUUGAUGAUAUACUUUUUAAAAAUGUAAAACCAUUUUAAAUGGCAGAAAGCUUUGAUUUAAGACAAGGCAACAUAAGUAGUCGAUAAUUCUUUACAAGACCCAAUACAUCUGCUCCGAAUACUGCCAGAAACAGAUUAAACUAGACUUAGCAACCAUCGAUAUUAGGUUACUAGGUUUUAUUAUGA